AUGGAGACCUGUCAACCGAAGUCUACACCGAUAGCUCCGAAAGUUCUCCUAAAUAACGUUCCCGACGGGAGCGACCUAGAUAAAGAUACGAAGGCUCGGUUCGGGACCGCAAUCGGAUCACUAAUGUAUCUUAUAGUCGGUACGCGCCCUGACAUCGCGUUUACGCUUAGGACGUUGAGUCGUUUCACAUCCCGACCGCAGUCGCAUCAUCAAGCCGUACUGCAGAGACUGCUACGCUAUGUCAAGGCCACUCAAUUCUAUCGCAUCACAUACCGCAGCGGGCAGUUGAUCGGAUACACCGAUGCCGACUUUAGUGGCUCGGUCGUCACUGAUGGUGCAUACUCCACGUCCGGCUAUAUAUUCAAACUUGCGGGAGCACCAGUUUCCUGGUCGUCCAAAAGACAGGGGGAAGUAGCGACGUCCACGACUCACGCCGAGUAUAUUGGCCAAUACAAUGCCAUCCUUCACCUACAAUAGCUCCGCACGUUCCUAG